UCUUCCAUUCGACUUCUCUGCCUCUGCUUGUCCUUCCAGAGUCCCCUGGAGUACAGAGCUAUUUCCAGGCAACCUGACUCACAGUCACUUGCUGUCUUGCAGGUUGAUUCACCCCAAUAGUGGCCGGUCGUACCAUGAGGAGUUCAACCCUCCAAAGGAGCCCAUGAAGGAUGACAUCACUGGAGAGCCCCUGAUCCGAAGAUCAGAUGACAAUGAGAAGGCCUUGAAGAUCCGCCUGGAGGCCUACCACACGCAGACCACCCCACUUGUGGAGUACUACAGGAAACGGGGAAUUCACUCUGCCAUCGAUGCAUGCCAGACCCCUGAUGUUGUGUUUGCGAGCAUCCUAGCAGCCUUCUCCAAAGCCACAUGUAAAGACUUGGUUAUGUUUAUCUAAUGUUGGGUUCUAAAGGGAAUUUCUUUCUUCUUUCUGUCCCUGUCAAAGGAAUGGGUGGGCAUGUCUCGGGUGGCAGGAACACUUCCUCCCUCAGGCAGUGAGGGCAUCUUCUAAUGUACUGAUUAAAAAGCACUUAUUGGAUGUAUCUUA